AUGGCAAGUAAUUUUUCAAUCUGUGGUAUCUGUGAUUUUCGACAUGUCACCAUACCAUCCGUGGUGUGGUGCUCCGAAUGCGAUGAAGGGCUAUGUGAUGACUGUAAGGAACACCACAGUAUUUCCAAAUCAUCACGUGAUCAUGACAUCGUUCCUAUUGGUGAUUAUCAAAAUUUACCAUCUGAAGUUCUCCAAGUUUCCCAGUCUUGCAGAAAACAUAAUCAAAGGUUCCAAAUAUUCUGUAAAAAGCAUGACUGUCCAUGUUGUAAAAAAUGUGUUAUCGAAGUACACAAUGAUUGCAAAGAUUUUGUUGAUAUUGAUGACGUUAUCAAAAACGUCAAAUCAUCCAAUGCCUUCCAGGAAUUAGAGCACACGCUUUCCGAUAUAGCUGAUUAUAUGCAACGUGUUAAGCAAAAUCGUGAAGAAAAUUUGAUUUCCAUAAAAGAGCAAAAAGAACAAAUUGAGACAAAAAUACUAAAGGCUAGGGAGGCAAUUAACAAUCAUCUUGACUUUCUUCAGCAUACCUUAAUUGGAGUACUGAAUUUAACCAUUGAUAAGCAGAAUAAAGAUAUUCACCAAUUCCUGAAAUUAAUUGAGAAGAAUAAAAAAGAUAUUGAAGAAUUUCAAUCCAAUCAUUUGAAAAUAAAGCAGCACGCUUCUGAACUACAGACGUUUCUUACAUUGAAACAAAUGGAACGUGACAUUGCUACAAAAGAAGAAUUUAUACAGUCAAUAGGCAAAAGCGGUAGUCUGAGUCAUACUCGUUUCUUUUGUAAGAUAGACACAUAUUUGGAGAAUUUGACAAAUGAUGUAAAAAGAUUUGGAGAAGUUGUUACAGAGACGAAACCAAAUAAUAUUCCCUUUGUGAGGCAGAAGGAUAAACAAGCCGCCCAAUCGUUAAUUCCUGUACCAACAAAGUCUAUAGAUGACUUAAAAUUAACGUUGGUUCAGUCCUUCAAUACGUAUAGUAGAGAGGUUAGAGGUUGUGCAAUGCUUACAGAUGGUAAAAUGGUGUUUACUUGUUACACUCCAGGUUAUGUUACAGUAGUCAAUCCAGAUGGAUCGAAAUACUGUGAAAUUAAAACAGGAAAUGUUUUUGAUGUUAUAUAUUUAGGCGAUAAUAUUAUAGCUGUAACCUCUGGUUACAAUUCAAAUCAUAUUCAUUUUAUUGAUAUAAAACUAAAGACCAUCAAGAAAUCAUUGAAUGUUGAUUCAAGUAAUGACGGCAUAGAUCUAUAUGACAAGGACUUGAUAUACUGUGCAAGAGCGCAAGGGUUGAAGAAAAUAAGUUUUAGAGAUUGUUCUGCUGGUACAAUCAUAAAUUCAAAACUAAGAGAUUGGUCGUAUGUAAAAACAUUCAAUGACACAAUAAUCUAUACCGACAAAGACCAAAGUACAGUCACAUGCACUGAUAUGCAAGGACAGAUUAGAUGGGAAUUCAAGGAUCUGAGUAUUCUGAAGUUUCCACUUGGUAUAGCUGUAGACAAUAGUGGGAAUGUUUAUGUGAUAGGACGUCAUUCUUGUAAUGUGGUAGUUAUCUCCCCCGAUGGACAACGAUAUAGACAAUUAUUAUCUACGAGAGACGGUCUUAAGGAGCCCAGUGUUUUGCACUAUGACCUUAUAUCUAACAAGUUAUUAGUAGCAAACGUGAUAGAAAAGGCAUUUUUGUUUGAUGUGACAUCAUAA